CCCGCGGCCUGGCGCCGGAGCCACCAUGUCGUUCGCGCUGGAGGAGACUGUCGAGUCGGACUGGGUGGCCGUGCGGCCCCACGUAUUCGACGAGCGCGAGAAGCACAAGUUCGUCUUCAUCGUAGCCUGGAACGAGAUUGAGGGCAAGUUUGCCAUAACCUGCCACAACCGGACGGCCCAGAGGCAGAGGAGCGGCACCCGCGAGCAGGCGGGGGCGCGAGGCGGCGCCGAGUCAGGCGCGCUCGCAUCCGACGGGACUCGCGGGCCGGGCAGCCCGGCAGGCAAGGGUCGCCCGGAGGCCACUGCCUCCGCGACCCUGGGCAGGAGCCCCGGUUCCCGCAGGCGCCCAGCCUGGCCGGAGGGCAGCUCUCCGCGGAGCGCGUGCAGCCCUCGAGGGGACCCGCCGCUGUGGAGUCAGGCCGGCAAAGGGGCGGAAAGUCCUCUCCGGAGCCCAGUGCGGGCCAACCCCAGUCCGGUCCGGAGGGCAUCCGGAGGCAGAGAUGUGACUGGGUCAGCCCCGCCGGCGGCCAAGGAGGCCCCGAUGUCGUCGGUGCGGGUAGUGAGCGCCUGCGGGACGGUUACCGAGGAGAUCGAGGUGCUGGAAAUGGUCAGGGAAGAUGAGGCGGACUCGGCGGCGGUAGCGCUGCCGGCCGCUGAACUGGAGUCCCCGGCCGAGGAGUGCAGCUGGGCCGGGCUCUUUUCCUUCCAGGAUCUGCGCGCCGUGCACCAGCAGCUGUGCUCCGUGAACUCGCAGCUGGAGCAGUGCCUGCCGGUGUUUCCGGAGGAGCCGUCGGGCAUGUGGACGGUGCUCUUCGGGGGCGCCCCGGAGAUGACCGAGCAGGAGAUCGACACGCUGUGUUACCAGCUCCAGGUUUACCUGGGCCACGGCCUGGACACCUGCGGCUGGAAGAUCCUGUCCCAGGUGCUGUUCACCGAGACCGACGACCCGGAGGAGUAUUACGAAAGCCUGAGCGAGUUGCGGCAGAAGGGCUACGAAGAAGUGCUCCAGCGGGCCAGGAAGCGCAUCCAGGAGCUCUUGGAUAAGCACAAGAAUACGGAGAGCAUGGUAGAGCUUCUGGACUUGUAUCAGAUGGAGGACGAAGCCUACAGCAGCCUUGCAGAAGCCACAACUGAACUCUAUCAGUAUUUACUGCAGCCAUUUCGAGACAUGCGAGAACUUGCUAUGCUACGAAGGCAGCAGAUCAAGAUUUCUAUGGAAAAUGACUACCUGGGCCCCCGAAGAAUUGAAAGUCUACAGAAAGAGGAUGCUGACUGGCAGCGGAAAGCCCACAUGGCCGUGCUGUCCAUUCAAGAUCUUACCGUCAAAUACUUUGAAAUAACAGCUAAAGCUCAAAAAGCUGUGUAUGAUCGAAUGCGAGCAGAUCAGAAGAAAUUUGGUAAAGCGUCAUGGGCAGCAGCCGCUGAACGUAUGGAAAAACUUCAGUAUGCAGUUUCUAAGGAGACUUUGCAGAUGAUGAGAGCUAAGGAGAUCUGUUUGGAACAGAAGAAACAUGCUCUAAAAGAAGAGAUGCAGAGUCUACAGGGUGGUACAGAAGCCAUAGCUCGAUUGGAUCAGUUAGAAGCUGAUUAUUAUGAUCUGCAACUUCAGUUGUAUGAAGUGCAGUUUGAAAUCUUGAAGUGUGAAGAGUUACUGUUGACAGCACAACUGGAAAGCAUCAAAAGACUUAUAUCAGAAAAGAGAGAUGAAGUGGUAUACUAUGACACUUAUGAAAGCAUGGAGGCCAUGCUGGAGAAGGAAGAGAUGGCAGCGUCUGUGCAUUUUCAGAGAGAAGAACUACAGAAACUUCAGCAGAAAGCACGCCAGCUGGAGGCAAGACGUGGACGGGUUUCGGCCAAGAAAGCAUACCUCAGAAAUAAAAAGGAAAUUUGUAUUGCAAAACACAAUGAAAAAUUCCAGCAACGCCUUCGGAGUGAAGAUGAGUAUAGAACCCACCACACAGUACAACUAAAAAGAGAUAAAUUACAUGAUGAAGAAGAAAGAAAAAGCGCCUGGGUUAGCCAAGAAAGACAGAAAACACUGGAUAGACUUCGAAAUUUUAAACAGAGAUACCCAGGCCAGGUCAUACUUAAAUCAACCCGAUUGCGACUGGCUCAGGCAAGAAGAAGAAGUGCAGCGGGUCCCCUGUCCUGUGAAGACCAGUGUGACGGCCCGCCAGCAGCGCUGCAGGUCGAAGAGAAGAGGGAGGGCCUGGACGGAGGAAGGGCCGCGCUCCGGUCAUCACAGGCCGCGGACGCCCGGAGCCUCACCCCACCCGACGGUCCUCCAUCAGCACAACUUGAAGCCACCUCAUCACUUCCCAGCGGCGUGGCCGCCGAGCUGCCUCCCGCUGUGUCUCGUCCACUUGAACCCUGUUGACUGCAGAGCAGGCUCGGUCCCCGUCCGCCGCCUUUGCCCGUCGGUCCCGACGGCGCCCCGGAGACGCUGGAGAAAGGCCUGCCCCAGAUGGAGGGGAGCGAGAAGAGGAUCCCAAAGUCAGCCAGCGCCCCCUCAGCACAGCUCUUCGACAGCAGCCAGCUCGUCAGCGCCAGGAAGAAGCUCCGAAAGACGGCUGAAGGCUUGCAGAGGAGGAGAGUGAGCUCACCCAUGGAUGAGGUGCUAGCUUCCUUGAAGCGUGGUAGUUUCCAUCUGAAAAAGGUUGAACAGCGAACUCUGCCUCCUUUUCCUGAUGAAGAUGAUAGUAAUAACAUCCUGGCACAAAUAAGAAAGGGGGUAAAAUUGAAGAAGGUACAGAAGGAAGUCUUGAGAGAAUCCUUCACGCUUCUGCCUGACACAGACCCUCUAACACGGAGCAUCCAUGAAGCUCUUAGAAGAAUCAAAGAAGCAUCCCCUGAAUCAGAGGAUGAAGAGGAGGCUUUGCCUUGUACAGACUGGGAAAACUAACAAGUAAACUCAACAGAAUGAAAAAACACCUACAGUUGAACAUUGGCUCUUGAAAAAUUGUUAACAUUUGGUUCCACGAUUGGAUUCUAUUAGAUCCAAAAUGUAUUGACUCAGUGGUAUGAAAAAGGAAGCACAACGGGCAAGUUACCACUUUCCAGUCAUUCCAGUAGAUGGUGGUUAACAUGAGUUUAAAUGUGCAAUGUUCCUGACUGCAACGAAGAAACGGCCUUCUGAAGAUUCCUGUUUUUAAGCACCUUCCCCACCUGUCCACCCGUGUAUAUCCUUGUAGUGGCCAGUAAAGCUCGGGGUCGCUAUGAGUUGGAAGAAACACUGGGUUGACAGAUCUACUGUGAGCUGUGUUGAGACUGCGUUAAAGUCCAUCGUUCAGUGCACUGAAUAGUCACCUGCUCAAGAUACAGAGCUUGUUCUGUAUCAGCUUAAAUAGUGUGACCCUCUGAAAAAGAAGUUAAUCAUGAUAGCUAUAGGGUAGGAAUUGGAAGAAUCAGAUGGAAAUGCACUGACAAUUCCCACAUUAUUCAUCUCCAAGGGAUUUUCAUAAAGAUGUUCAACAACAUCUGAAAAGAUACAUAACCAUGGAGGUACACCUAUAAAUGUGUUUACCACAACGUGAUACAUUUAACAUGGCAUAUUUUUAGAAGCCCACACAUGUAACAGUUUGUAAAGUUUCAAAGUAAAAAUUUCCAUGCUUUUAAAUAGCUCUUCAUAAUUGUGAAUUUAUAAUAGUUUGAAUUUUAUGUGCAGCUUUGUUUAUGAGAAGCAAUACUUUGUAAUUUGAUAAUAUUUCAAAUUAUUUUUAGCCUUUUCAUUUGAACUAUUGCUUGAUUACUGUAACUUAACAUGACUUUCCUAUUGAGAAUCAAAAAUCAGGAUUCAAUAGUAGGGAUGCAGAUCUUAAGUCCUUCUAACACAGACCAUAUAAGUUUUUAUUUUUAUGUUCCACAGUGGGAGAAAAACAUGCUCUACAAAUGUGCAGAAAGUAGACAGGCAGAAAAGGCUCUUUGACUGGCAUUUCACUCUUCACAUGCUUUGAAUUGAAUUUUGGGAGACAGCCUUUGUUAUUGUCAAUAAAUUUUUAAACAUAUGUAUGUAGCUGUAGGUGCUGAUUUUGCUGUAAUGGAGUCCUGAAGAAUGCAUGGAGCCGACAUGAAUUCUCAGCAGGACUGCUGUGGGGCUUGAAUGAAGGUAGAUAUGUUGGAUCCAAGUUUACACUACUCUGUAAGUGUGAUUCUGGAUAAGACAGGUCUUGAUCUGUACAUGAAUGGCUGAUGUACCAAAAUGAACUUUGAGGCAGUUCUCUGGCCUAGACCCAGAAAGCAGUCCUGGAAUAAAAGUCCUCCAACGUAUCUGCGUUGGUGAUCCUGAAGAAAAAUUACUUUCACACUUUUGUCACUUGAAAAUGUUAUUUCUUUUAAAAUAAUUAUGGAGAUAAUUUUCUGUCAACAGGUUAUAUAAAAAAAGAUCUGUUAAAAUGUUGGUAAUAUAUUUAUUGAUGAGACUAUGAGCAUUUUCACAAUAUAUUGGCUUUAUUCUAGCAUCAUUCUCACACCUUAUCUGAGAAUAUUAGAAAUACAGAUUAAUAUAGUUCACUCAAUAUCCUGAUUACAGUGGAGGUGGGCUAUAGAUUCUUGUAACACACCUUCAGCAAUGCAUUGAAACAUGCCUUUUAACCUAAUGAGUGAUUUGAUUGAUAUAUUUGAAAAAAAAUUCUUUUAGCACAUUUGCAAAUCUUAAAUCAUGUAUCAAUUUUUUGCCUUUGGUUUUUCAUAUCAUGUUUUUUGGGGGGGAUUUGUUUCAUUUAUUAACAUUUAGAAAAAUACUGGUGUCAUAUUAACAGCAGAAGCCCUGGAACUUUAAUAUGUCUAGCGGGAAUUACUACCCACUUAGUAUUACAGCUGGGGUUCCAUCAAGAGGCAGUGCUCCCUUUUAAAAGGGUCCUGUGACCUGUUUUCCUGAGCCAUGUUGUAAUAAAUUUCUAGCAAGUGAUGCAGGGUGUUCAGAUCCAUGUGAAUCCUUUAGGAGUGAAUCCAUGGCUGUAAGCACACCACCCCGGCACUCUGUGAAGUUUGUCCUCACACCUGAAGAUAGAAGGUUAAAGCAGAAUCUCACUAGCAGCCCCCAGUGACCAUUCUCUGUAACAGCUUUCUCCAAAACAUCUACUUCCCCUCCUCUAGAUUCAGGUUCCUCCUUCCACAAAAUUACAUGUUACUGAAGGUCAUCAACCUUUGGAGUUCUCACAAAUAAUAGAGUUUCAGAUAACUGCAGUCCAUUUGUCCAAAUAAAUCCUCAUGUUAAUUAAAAAUCAGUUUCAGAGCCCCCCAAAAUUUAUAUCAAUUUAAGUAUGGUUUCCUUUUUAUCUUUGCCCCUAAAAAAAUGAGCAUCUCUGCCCUUAGUAUUAAAUUUGUAUAUAUUUAGGUAGGAUGGUGCUUAUAUAUGAUCAUGUUUCCAGUUCCAGAUUUGCCCAUACAACUAAUGUGGUUUAUUUGACAAUUAUAUUGCUGUUAAUAUAUCAUUUCCAUAUCAAAAAUCCCCAGACAGCUGCUUGCUUAUACUGAAUCAAUUUUUAAGUUAACUUACCAAUCUAGUCUCAACUGAAUAUACUUAAAAUAGGGAAACAAGUAGGUGGUGACUUAGUUGUUUGGAGGUUAAUGUUACUGCUCACUUGAAUGUCAAUUUUAAAUAUUUCUUUUACUAAUACAACUAAAAUUAUGUACAUAUAAUCGAGGCCUGUAUAGAAAAGGUAUUCCUAAUGGUUUAAAAUCCUCAUGGUGCUGUAGUGUAGCAGCGGUAUGUGGAAGAAAUACCUGGCUAAAGAAGAAUUUUAAAAGAAUUGCUCACGUAAUGUAUAUUUUAUAGGCUUACUGAGUCUGUGAGCAGCACAAAAACAAUCAUUCUUUAGUUAUCCAUUGUAGAACUGAGACAUUUCUAUAAAAUGCACAGCUAUAACAGUUGAUCAGGAGUAGUAUUUCCACAGUGAAAAAUAUGGGGGCUUUUCUUAUAUGGACACACAGAAAAUUUAUUACUCUGUAUAAUGAGGGAGGGAAAAGAAGCCUUGUUUAUACAAAGCUGAAAUGUGUAGCAGUAUUUGUUAACUUAAGGCAUGACCUCUCUCUGUCAUAAAAUGUGUUAGAUUGAAAAGCAUACUUUGGCCAUAGCAUGCACUAAGAAUUAAAACUCUUAUAUCAGUGGAACAAAAAUGAAUGGGCAGCAUCUUCUCUGUUUGAAAUGGGACCAGUAUACAAUUAAUACAUUUAAAUUUAUACAUUCCCUAAGACUGUUUUUAAAUUGCAUUCAUUGUGUAUAUAAGAAAAGCCUUUUCUUUCACUAAAUACAAGGUUUUCUUUUUAAACCUUUAUAAUUAUUUUUAAACCUCUGUGACAUCAGACACCAACCUGUAAAGUGCUCAUGGGUUACAGGCCUUAUCAGGGAGUUGAAAUUUAUAUACAUAAUACCAAAUUAUUUGUAAAAAGUCUUUUGAACAGCUAUAAAACAUUUAAAAACUGUGGCAGAUGCAGUUGUCACACAUCCAUUUGAUUGUGAAAGCAGAAACCCAAACAAGUCUUACCUAAUUCUUGCACUGAAUUUAAAUAAUAUAAAGUUAAAUGUGCAUUUUAAACAUUUUAUUUCCCAUUUAUUGGUUAGCAUAGAACAAUGCUUAGUGUUAGAGAGUUGAUCACAAGAUUGGUUUUAGAUGGAAGAUUGGUUUUAGAUGGAAGAAAGCAGAAGCACCUUACUGUGGAGCAUGUUGCAUUCAUUUAGUGCUGCUGAACAAUUCAGUAGUGAUUUCUGAACUUUGCUGCAAAGUGCUGUUUAUUUAAAGCACAUAAAAAGAGUCUCUGCUUAAUUGCUUUGUAAAGUAAAGCAAUGGUAUUUUUUAUCCUAUAAAUAUAGUCUAAUUUAAAAGUUUUUCCUACAAAAUGAGUUUAUAUUGCUGCCUAAACUAUCAUCUAUGUAAACAAAGGAUUUUUUAAAAGGCGAGAGAGGGAGUCUGGAUUGUGAGAGAGUGUGUGUGUGUUUAAUGUUUGUUCAUGGAAUUAUUUUAGAGAUCUGUUCAUUCUAAAUUUUUUUGUUUUACCCACAGUAAAUGUACAGCUUGAUAGUGGAGGGAUUUAAUUGAUUGAAUUCCAAAUUCAUAAGUGUCUCUCCCCUUCUCCAAACACAUGAAUUACACCACUGUAAGGUGUAUGUACAUAAAAUACCUCUGAGGCUGAUAUGUUAAAUGUAUUAUCAAUGUUAUACUGAGUCUUAAAGCAGCCUUGUUUUGAGGGUAAGGAGAAAGUUUGGAGUUUUCUGGUCGGGUGUGACUGAGAGAGGCUCCAAUUGGUGAGUUCAGGAAAGUCUCUGGAAAGUGAUUUGAGAUGUAUAGAAAAGGUAUGGGUGUUGGUUAAAGAGUUCAGUUUUAAGAAGGGAAGUUUUGUUUUUUAAACUUGCAUGUUCUAUGGUUAACUAUCGACAAGUUAUUCUGGCUUUUCCCAAUACUAAUUAUAUUGGUUUUAAGAAUUCUCCAUAAUCACAAGAUGACAUUUUCCCUUCAUUUGUGACCAAAGAAGGGUAGACAGUACAACCCAUGCAAGUGACUUCCGACUUCCUCAACUUGGACAGGAUCCCCACUGCGCCAUUGAAUUUCUUACUGUACUGUAUGUCUUGCCAAGUGUGAAACCAUAAUAUAUAAUUUAUGAAGAACUGAAGGCUACCGAUCCUUUUGCAUGAAUAAAAGCCCAUUAGGGCUAAUGAAACUGAUGUCUUUUAGCCAUUCUGGUUAAAUGAAAAUUUUAAUGGCAAACCAGUUCACGACUUACUAGCUUUGUGCAAUAUUAUAAUGUAGAGGCAAAACACUAGCACGUUGUGCUUGGCUUUUCAGGAUGGCUUUAACACCAUUACACUAAAAUGGACACUGUACAAAAUGUAUUGUAAAUGGCAGCUCUUGCAGAUUUACAGUACUUAAAUAUGCUCAGCUAACAUUCUAAAGUAUUAAAAGUACAGAGGGAAAAAACUAAGCAUUUAGAGCAAUACCAUGAGAUCUCCGACGAUGUUCUGACUGUUGCCUUUUGCUCUUUAGUGCAACUUUCUGCGUUGUAAUCACUGUGUCGCUUUGUAUUUCAUGUUUUUUACACUCAUGACUUCAGAGUUAAGGACUUGGACAAGUAUUGCAAUCACCUUUCUCUUCUUGUACAUGCAGCGUAACAACAUACAGUUUUGGUGCUUAACAAUAUUCUUUUUUUCUUUAAUAAAAGAUAUUUAUUGAGUUAA